AUGGCAUUGAACAUCAACUCGAAAGUGCGUUUGGCAUCGGGACAUGAGAUUCCACUACUUGGAUAUGGUGUGUACCAGACACCAGCAGAUGUAGCAGAAGACGUAACAGAUCACGCCAUCAAGACUGGCUACCGCCAUGUUGAUUCGGCAACAGUCUAUCGCAAUGAGGAACCUUCCGCCAAAGGCAUGCUCAAAGCUGGUAUCCCACGAGACCAGCUCUACUUCACAUCCAAAGUACCACCCAAGGAGAUCAACUACGAGGCUGCCAAGAAGUGUGUCGAUGAGAGCCUGAAGAAGACUGGACUGGACUACAUUGACCUUUACCUACUGCACGCUCCUUACGGCGGCAAAGAAGGUAGAUUGGGAGCGUGGAGAGCGCUUGUUGAGGCGGUCGAUGCUGGCAAAGUCAAGUCGAUUGGUGUGUCGAACUACGGCGUGCAUCAUCUUGACGAGCUGGAGCAGUGGCAGAAGUCGCAACCCAAGGAGAAAGCUGGCAUCCUCAGCGUCAACCAGAUCGAACUCCACCCAUGGCUCGCACGAGCUGAUAUCGUCGACUGGUGUGAGAAGCGCGGUGUCAUCCUCGAAGCCUACUCGCCUCUCGUGAGAGCAACUCGCAUGGACGAUCCCCUUCUGACUCCCCUGAUCAAGAAGUACAACAAAACGGGCUCACAGAUCCUCCUUCGCUGGGGCCUACAAAAGGGCUUCGUGAUCCUCCCCAAGAGCGUCACGAAGAGCCGCAUCGAAGAGAACAAGGGACUCUACGACUUCGAGCUGAGCAAAGAAGACAUGGAGAGCUUGAAGACGGACAAGUAUGAGCCGUGCGCGUGGGACCCUACCAAGGCGCCUUUGAGUCAGUAG